AAAGAAGUUUGGCGAGUUCUACCUUGGACGAAGCUUCUGAUGAAUUAGAAUUGAUCAGGGACUGAAAAUUGAAAAUGAGCUGGAAUCCAUUCAGUCGAGCUGCUCCAAGAAAAUCUGUUAUUUCAAGAACACAAGAAAGAGAAUUUGAAAAAGAUGUGAAGAAAAUAGAAGAACUUGAUGAGUCAUCUAGAAAACUUUAUAAAGAUGUUAAAAGAUGGAUAGAAGCCAAUAAUGCCGUAGCUAAAAGUGAAAGAAAAAUAUCCCAAGAUUUAUUAAACAGUGUGCUGUGUCAGCAGGAUGAAGAGUUACGGGCCCUUGUUGAAGAUUGGGAUAAAUCGGUGGCUAGAAUCGAGACACAUACUCAUGAAAUGAAUAAUUCAGCUCAGAAGACAUUUGUUGAUCCAAUGAAAAAAUUUAGCAGUAUAUUUCCAAAUGUUCAGUUGGCAGUGAAACGAAGAGAGCAAGUUUUACAGGAAUUUCAGAAAUGUCAGCUGAAGAAUGAUAAAUAUGAAGACAGAGAGAGAACUGGUCAGAAUAGAGUUAAACAGGAACAAUCAAAGAAGAUGUUGAACUCGGCAAGAGAAGAGUUUAUCAGUCAGAAUACAAGUUUAACAUCAGAUAUUCCUAAACUCAUAGAGGGCAGAAUAGAUUAUCUUCAACCAUCUUUUGAAGCUUUGGUUAACUCUCAGGUAACCUAUAAUACAGAGGCUUUUAAAAUUUACAGUGAGCUGUCUCUACAGAUGAAUGAUCUACAAGAGAUAUCCAAUGAAGAAUAUAGUGCUCGGAUACAGAAAAACUUGGAUGACAUGAAAUCUCUCUCAAUAACUGUAGACUAACUAAUGUGAACUAAGUGGACUUCAGAUACUUUUAAAGGUAUACUAGGUGUGGACUAUCCAAAAGGUUUACAUCCAGUUCCAGAGCUAUGUUUCAGAUUUUCCAUAUAGGAUCUAUAUAGCUUGAAUAACUUUUCAAAGGUAUAAUCAUGUGGACUAUUCAUGAAGGAAUGCCAAAGAAACACUUAGUCUGCAGGUGGCAGCAUGUGUUUUAAAGAGGAAGGUAGACUCUAGCUAGUCUAAGAGUAUCAUAUCAAGAGCUAUGGAAUAUUGCAGCAAAAAAUCGUCGUAGCGAUCACAACAGGUGUAGGAAUCACUUUCCACUUGUUCGUGACGAAAUUUUUAGCGUAAACAGGUUAUCCAAUCACAUUCUAGAACUUCGGCUAACAAAAUCAACGUCAUGAUCAAAAUUAAAAUAUCGAUAACUUCGAUCUUAGAUGACAGUGGAAAUCAAAAUUCGCCAAGCUUAAACCUUUAGACGAAAAUAUUUGCUUUGCGCAACAAAAAAUCACCCUAUUGAAAAUAGCCUCUAGUGAAUAUUUAGUUUUUUUUAUAAACAUGGAAGAUAAGUAAUUUUUUAUC